AUUAUGAACUGAGAGAAGUGAGUGAGGAAGAUAUAAAGCUAGAGAUAGGGCUCAGCGUAGGAGUGGUCUUUCGGCUCUAAAGGGGUUUAAAUUUGAAAACAUCGUCACACUCGACACACACACCUGCUGUGGAAAUGCCGUUCACUGUGGUGCUGGAUGGACCCGCGCCGUGGGGUUUUCGACUUAUUGGAGGACGAGACUUCAGUCAGCCGCUCACUGUCGCCAAAAUUUCACCAGGAAGUAAAGCUUCCACCGUGAACCUCUCUCCAGGAGAUAUCAUUUUGUCGAUAGAUGGAGUGUCUGCAGAAAACCUGAUGCACUCUGAGGCUCAGACUUUAAUUAAGGAUGCCUCCCAUCAGCUUACACUUAUUGUUGAAAGACCUGCGACUAAGCUGUGGUCACCAAAUAUGACUGAAGACAAUCCAUUUAAAAUGAACCUAGAAGCAGAGAGACAAGAGCACAGACCAAUAGGAACAGGCCAUAAUCGAAGGGCUUCGCCGUUUGUGGCUGCAGCAAACAUUGAUGAAACACGACAGGUGGUGAGUCCAACCUACAACUCCCCUAUUGGCCUUUACUCUUCAGGCAAUAUCCAGGAUGCCCUACAAGGACAACUCAAGGGCCUCAUCCAUAACAAAGCAGAAAGUCCUAGGAAACUCAGCAAUAUAGAGGAUUCGGAUGUAUUUCGGAUGCUGCAGAAAAAUCAAGAAGAGGAUGAAGCUCAUGAACCUCGACAGUCUGGAUCCUUUAAGGCCUUACAGAGCUUUAUAAACAGUGAGGGUACUCGUCCAUUAGUGAUAAGGAAAGUCAAUGCCCCCAUGAGCAAACCGUCUGCUCCUUCUGGCAACUUGCACAAAUUACCAAUGUGUGAUAAGUGUGGUAACGGCAUAGUUGGGACGGUUGUGAAGGUUCAGGAUAAGUUCCGUCACCCAGACUGUUUUGUGUGCACAGAAUGUGAGGAAAACCUAAAGCAGAAAGGAUACUACUUCAUAGAUGAUGAGCUGUACUGUGAAAGCCACGCUCAUGCCCGGGCAAAACCUCCUGAGAGUCCGGACCUUUGAUCUUCUCGCCAACAUGAACUUCUUUUGUUUUAACCACAGACACAAAAGUUUUACCACAAUUCAUGCACAAGCAUGUCAUCCAGAUACCGAGAGUUGUCAUACAUUGUCGUGUUGUGUGCUGGGAUUCAGUAUUUUGCACUUACUGUAGUAAUAUAGUGUGCGUUGACUAAAAUAUUUUGUAUUAAUAAAGGUUUUGUUUUUUGAGAAUCAAAAUAUCUAUUAUCUGGUGUGUUUGAGCAGGACAUGGAUGUACUUUCUAAAAGAAGAUAGACUCACAAGUGGCUUUGUUUGACAUAUUUUCAUCACGUUUAAUGUGCUUUCACAAAAAAUAAAAAAAAUAUAACAUGUACUGUAAA